AUGAACAAACCUGAAAAGGGAGACAUGUGGUCUGUGGAGGGCACCAAGGACAGUUGUACCAAGAACCGACUCGACUAUGACAAAAUAUUCCCAAAACAGGAACCGACCAGCGAAAACAGCAACGAAAAACCAUCCAAGCCCCCCGAAAAGGUCCAUACUGUUGACAACGAGCUUGCAACCUGGGUCUAUCUCCUGAUCGCUGUUGAAAGAAUGGAGAAGGAUUCCAAGGAGUGGGAGCUGAGCAAGCUUCAGGGGGAAAAUGAAUGGUUGCCACAUUCCAUCAAACCUAACUUGCCUGAGCCGACCCUGGCCGUAAAAGUUCAGGCGAAGAAUAGAAGUUUUGAUGCCAACCCUUCCAUAAAGAAGCCGUAUGCAACCUCUACGAUCUCUCACCUUAUUGAAUUGGCGGCCAUACUUGGACUCUACUGGAGAGUCUUCGACCGAGACAACAAUCAGUACCGCGCGGAAGGAAACGGUUAUAGUCUGACUGGCUCACGUGUGCCAGACUUGGGCGUCGUCUUUGUCUUUGAGAAAACCGGCCACACUUCAUUCGAGGAACGCCGCGUGAUCCCGACAUCUGAAGUGAAAGAGCUCUGUUUUGGGCGAGUGCCAACUUUUUAUCGAGAUAAGAAGGACCCGGACGAAGACUUGGAGUGGCAGAAGGAGUUCACGACGUCAUCGGGAACUGGAACCAAGGUCGAAAUUCUCCAACUGAGCACUCGCGAUGCCAUUGCGGAGACUUUGACCCAGAUAGGGUGCAACGGCAAAACCACGCUCUUUUAUAAGGAAGGAAAGAAAGACCGGCACCUUUUUUCUGUAACUUUCGAAGUCAUCGGCAUGCUCGCGCGAGUUUUGCACAUUGAAGGAAGAUGCUUCCGUUUCCUGCCUAAUCCAACCAUUUUCUCUUGGGACAGAGAUUCGUUAUCACUCCAGCGCCUGCUUAUCGCUUUCAGCGGACUGUUGAUGAACGAUCUCACGGUUGUCGAAGAAGAGGCGGAGACCGUCAUCGACGAGAGGGUUGAAACUGCCGUCGAGGAUAUCAGGGCUCUUUCGGAGUCAGCGGAGGAGAUGAGCAACGACUUUGACGAGAACCCGCCUUUAACGAGCAAAAGAAUGAGUCUCUUGCACAAGGCUAUCGAUUUGGCAGACAAGUCUCUCAAGAAAAGAGAUCAGGGAAUUGUGCUCGACGUGCUACGUCGUCACCUCCAGGAAGUGUUGGCAGCCAUCAAUAGUCCGGAUAAAAAGGGGAAAGAACAGAUUUCGUUUCGGGACCUGCUUGGUAUUCCUCUCGAGAUGAGAGAGCAAAGGUUUAUGGAGACAUACUUCGAGCGUAUACUAUGGCGUGUAGUGCCUACCAACUCUACCAAGAGGGGCAAACGAGACGACGAGGUCGUUUCAAGAGCCAUACACGACGACACCGAGAAACGCAUAUCGCGCUUGGGCAACGGCUCACCCCAGGCCGGCAGCGCCGUUCCCCAAACGCCCUUGAGACUCAACCCCGGAGAGUCUCCGACUAAGGCUCUAGAUGACUCGACGCCAACGCCCGGCAUCAGCAGAGUCAAGACGUGGCCUCAUCGGAUCGAGACCGAGCAACCGAGUGAUCAGCCGGAACCUCCGCUGCCCAGCAAGUUGCCAGAGAUGCCGCAGUGGGAAACGAUAGUACCCAAUCAUAUCGAGAUGCAGCGUUUGGCAAUCUGGUAUACGCUCGUGUUUAGGAUGAUUUGUUGGUUGAUGUUGCACGAUUUCGAUAAGAAGGAUGUGCAAGUGUCGAAAAGUGAGCUGAUCGGGAACAGACAGCCCGUGUUCAUUCUUUGA